CUGUUGUCUCACGCACUAAACUAGCAGCAUGUACAUGCAAAGCAUGCACACGGCCUGUCUACCCCUCCCUACACUGGCACCGGCGGACAAACAGAUGGCAACAGAGAGCACUGGCUGCCUUGUAGAGCGUUGGCAAACACCGAUUCCGGCUACAUACACAAGAACGGGCGCUGUGGCCCAGCAAGAGCCAUUGCAUGGGCAACGGAUCUUCAUCAAGGUUGCCACUUCGUUCCCCAGACAGUCAUGUCAAGGUGUAUAAGCUGCGGGGACUAUGGCCAGACAGCAAGCAUGACGCCCAACUGACGAUGCAGCCCGCAGUGGUGGACGAGUGUGGCCCGCCAGCCGACCUCAGGGACCUGCACGCAAUGAUGUUGAAGAGCAUGAAGAGGAUUUGGCCGUGGGUGGACGUCACGGCGGAUGAUCUGAUGAUCCAAGGGGUGACCGGGGUUGACGAUGAUGAGUAUCGGCAGAGAGGGAGGAGCGCUCAGGAUCCUAUCCUCGUCAUCCUGCGCAGACGUAUGUAUGCAUGUGAAUCGGUCACCCCACACAACCACACGUCUGUGUCUGUCUAUUGAAUUGUGUGUUGUCUUUCAGCGGCCAGUCGGGGCACAGAUCCAGAAUGGGGUCAGCCGCAGACAGACAUGGAAUUGAUUAAUGAUCGCAAUGGCUUCACUCACUCCCCCACAGUCCCUCCCUCCCUCACAGUCUGUCUGUCUGUGUUUUCUCUUGUUGUGUGCCUUGUGUUUGUCAGAUACAGAACCGAUUUGCGCAGAUGCAGAUGCGGAAAAGGAGAAGAAGAAGGAAGAGUGAAGUUAGCCCAAAUGCAGGCAGAUUCGGCUCGGCAUGCAUUGCAUGCGCACAAGUGGUGUCCAUGGCUGUCUGAAGUGUCUGUCAGCAGAAUGUGUGCUCGACGUUGAUUGGUGUACAGUACUGCGUUGCUGGAUGUGCAUACAAUCGCAAGGGAUGGCGGACUCAACUAUGUGAUUUUCAGAUGUUUUCGUUCAACAGCUGGCAUGAGAGAGGCUCGUCCGCACACGCACAUAUGCCC